AUGUUCCAAAUAGUUCGGGGAAAUGCUGCGAUACGACAAAAUCAUUUAUAUCCUCGUAUCUUGCGAUGGUUUCAUAUUAGGAUGUUAACUUGGGAGAAAGUUUGCGAUGUUUUCGAUGUUGAUCAGGACGAGGUGCAUCUACACAAAAAAAAGAUGCUUGCCUCAGAUAUCGAGUGCUCUACUCCACAUUAUUUGUCAUAUAUUACUAAUAUGAAUUGUGAAUCGUCUGAUGUCUCUUCUUCGGUACGCUACAACUUUAGAAAAGAUAGGAAUGAGAAUGUGGAUGGUAGUCCACGGGUAUCAAAUCGAGUAAACGAGGAUGAUGAUGUUGAUAAUCCACCAGAGUUUGAUUGUAGAAAACAAAAACAAAUCGUGAAGGAGAAGGAGAAGAAAAAGAAAAAGAAGGUUGUUUCUAGCAAGAGUGUGGAUGCGGAAAAUCAUAUACCCGAGCCUCCUAUUGCAAAACCAAGUCGUCCGGUUAGGCUAUUGAAACCUUCUCAAUAUCUUAGCUCUCCAUACGUUUCGAUAAGUUCAAAAUGCCCCCGAGAUCGUACAAGUGGGGUAAUACGCAACGAACCACCACCCCUGUAUUUGUUAGCGAUCCCCGACACUUUUAUUGGAGCCCAUGUUGACAUAUGGAGAAUGCUUUUGAAUGAGCGGAGACCGAACGAUGCUCGAUGGACAAUCAUGUCAUCGUCAUUUUUUGGUGCAUGUGAAAUGUUCCAGUGGGCAGGAAGUGUAAUGGAAAUCAGUUUGACCCAUUGGAUGGAUGUAAAUCUUGGUUAG